AGGCUGCCCAGGGGGGUUGUGGAGUCUCCUGUGCAGACAUUCCAACCCGCCUGGACACCUUCCUGUGUAACCUCAUCUGGGUGUUCCUGCUCCAUGGGGGGAUUGCACUGGAUGAGCUUUCCAGGGCCCUUCCACCCCUGACAUCCUGGGAUUCUGUGUUUACUCUGGAGAAUAGGAAAGGUCUGAGAAAUGUCAGUGUGUUGCAUCUGGGAAACCCAGAAGGGUUUUUGUGCUUGAAUACUGAGGUGAUGAGAAGAUGGGAGUUACAAACUGAGAAGAAUCCACUCGUGCUUCCUGUGUCAGGCGUGCUUGUGUGUCUCCCGUGUUCAGACAGGAGGACUUGGGGGCUUCUGCGUUUUCUGUAGAAACAAGAGGACAACAGUCUUCCAAAUCCUGGAGCGUGUCAAACCGUGGUUAGCACCAGUGUAUCAGUCUGUGGUGAAGAGUAAAAAGAAUCACCCAUUUGCUGCUCUGAGGAUUAAUUGGCUCCACUUACAGCACCAUGGACGAACUGCAGGAUGUUCAGCUGACGGAGAUCAAACCGCUCCUGAAUGAUAAGAAUGCAGCUCGCAACUUCCAGGACUUCGACUGUCAGGAACAUGACAUUGAGACAGCCUUUGGAGUGGUCCAUGUCACCAUGCGGGGCACACCCAAGGGGAAGAGACCUGUCAUCCUCACAUACCAUGAUAUUGGCCUCAACCACAAAUCCUGUUUUAAUGCAUUCUUUAACUUUGAAGACAUGCAAGAGAUCACUCAGCAUUUUGCUGUGUGCCACGUGGAUGCACCAGGCCAGCAGGAAGGAGCUCCCCCUUUCCCGUCGGGGUACCAGUAUCCCAGUAUGGAUGAACUGGCUGAAAUGCUGCCUGCUGUUCUGACACACCUGAACCUGAAAAGCUUCAUUGGGAUUGGACUGGGAGCUGGCGCUUACAUCCUCAGCAAGUGUGCACUCAACCACCCCAACCUGGUGGAGGGACUUGUUCUUAUUAAUGUUGAUCCAUGUGCAAAGGGCUGGAUUGACUGGGCAGCAUCCAAGUUUUCAGGUUGGACAACCAACAUAGUGGAUAUUGUCUUGGCGCAUCACUUUGGACACGAGGAAUUGCAGGCAAAUCUAGAUUUGAUCCAAACAUACAGGCUUCAUAUCGCGCAGGACAUUAACCAAGAUAACCUUCAGCUGUUCCUCACCUCAUACAACAGUCGUAGAGACCUGGAAAUUGAGAGGCCAGUUCUUGGCAUCAAUGAAAAUACUGCAAAAACACUCAAGUGCCCUGUGUUGCUCGUGGUUGGUGACAACUCGCCUGCCGUGGAAGCAGUGGUUGAAUGCAAUUCACGUCUUGACCCAACCAAAACUACACUGCUGAAGAUGGCCGACUGCGGGGGCCUGCCCCAGGUGGUCCAGCCCGGCAAACUGACCGAAGCCUUCAAGUACUUUGUGCAGGGAAUGGGCUACAUGCCAGCAGCCAGCAUGACCAGGCUGAUCCGCUCCCGUACUCACUCCUCCUCCAGCGUGGGCUCCGGCGACAGCGUCCGCAGCCGCUCUCACACCAGCAACCAUGGUGAUGGAAGUGCUGGAACCCCAGAAGGAACUGACCUCCAGGAUGCACCUCAGACCAUGGAAGUGUCCUGUUAGGCAGGAGCCCGUCUUCUGGAUUCAGACAACUCCACUUGCCCCCACUGAACCCACUCAGAAUUUAGCAUUUCAUCCAACAUGGCAUUAACUGUUCUCUCUAACUUGUGCAUGCCCAUCUGAGCUGCCACCCCUUUGGUAGUCUGUACUUGGCAUUACUUUGGUUCUUUCUGUAUGCCCUUGGCAUCGGAGCCUCUUUAAAACUUGUUAACAUUCCGCAGUCUUAGUAAGUCCCGUUACUGUACAUGUUGAUACCAUCUCCUGUCUGUGCUGUAUAUCAAUCCAGAUGACAGCCGUUGUCUCCCCUGUUCAUUUAAAUAUAAUUUCUGUGGCUUUGUGAGGUUUAGAAUUGCUUUCUAGUUGUGCUUCUGCUAAAGGACCCUUGUGGUGCAGUUGGAAUGGCAUCUGUGGGCUGUGGGAAAGCAAGACCGUGAUGAUGUGAGCCCCAGGCGCUGCUCCUUGGCAAAGCUGUGCCGGGAGCGCAGAACCCACCAGAAGGUCUUUGUGUUCCCAGGACUCUCGGCACGCCAGGCAGCCGUGGGGAGAACAAACGGUCAGAAAUACUGUCUUGGUCUCAUCUCUGUACGUGUGUUAAGGAGCAGAUUUCUUACCUUUGCCUCCUGAAAGGGUGAAGCAAUUAACCAGUAAACUUACAGUAGCCGAGAUGCACUAUUAACCAAGUACAAGGGAUUAAACUCAGCAGCCCUGGCUUCCAGCCCACCUCUCUGGCCCUCUGCCUCUCCUGCAGAAGGGCCAGAUGCAGUUCACACUGCUCACUGCUCCGCCCUGGCACAGGUGGGUCUGUGACAUGGAGCGGGUUGUGGAACGGGCAGCAGCGCCCCUCGCCAGGUGGACACCCCAAAAUCUGCACUGCCAGCGCUGCUCCCCACUGCUGCCACCCGGGCAGGGGGCUGACUGGGGCUCGGGCAGUACCAGUGGAUGUCAGUGGCGGCCAGCAGGUGCAGAGUGUGAGUCUGGUCAGCAGUGCGAGCAGUGAACUGUGCAGGUACUGUUUAAUGCCUUGUGGAAUUCAUAAUUCUGCUGCCUUUCCCCAUCUGGCCGGGUCACAGAGGGCGGGAGGCAGGUGCCUGCUGAGCGCCAGGGUCUCGCUGUUAACGGGAGAAAAGGGAUGAGUGGUCAGGCUGCCACAGAUCUCGAUAGAUGAGCAAAACAUCCUUUCUUAACUGUUGAGCUGUCCUGACUGGCUGGGAGCCAGCUCCUCCGAGGGUCACGCUCACGUUCUGCUCCAUUUCAGGUAGGGAAUGGGACUGGGAGGCUCUGCCUGAGGGGGACUUUGUACCAGUUAUUAAAUAAAGCUAUAACUGAGUUUCAUUGUUA